AUUAUAAACACACUUACGUUGUGUGUAAUACGUUAGUCACCACACUGAAAGAUGUUGACGAAAUGUGUAGAAAAGCGUCGACGACCACAGUUCAGAAUCAUAUUUAAAUUUACCAGCGAAUCGUAUUGUCGUGUUGAAUUUUUUCCCAAUAAUUACUUUUCGAAUAUGUUCAAGCUUAUUUUAUUUUUAUUUUCGGUGCAUAUGGCCACAAGUUUUUCGUUUCAGAAUGUGCAGCGGGGGGCACUAGUUGAUGAUACAGCCUUUUUAGGUCAAUUUACAAAUAUUGAUCAGAAUGUAGUCAUAGAGGCGAAUGCACGAAUCGGUAAUUUCGUGUCCAUUGGUCGAUCUACUUCAAUUGGAAAAAACACCCAGAUCGGCAACCAUGCUAAUAUCGCUCAGCGCUGUAUUAUCGCAAAUGACGUAACCAUUUCAAAUUUUGUAAACAUUGGUAUUGGCACUACAAUCGGACCUGACUGUGUUCUCUCUGAAUUCGCAAAUACGGGAAACAGUGUACGAAUCGGGAACGGAGUAAAAGUGGAUAAACAUGCAUCCAUUUCAAACGGGGCCGGAAUUCAAGAUGAUAGUCUUAUUGAUGAGUUUUCUUCGAUUGGUUCCGAUGCCAAAAUCGGACCGAAAGUCUAUAUUGGUAAAUUUGCAUCGAUCUCAGCGAAUGCGAUCGUUAAUAAACUGGCAAUCGUUCACAAAUUCGUUGAAAUACCGAAUGGAUAUAUGAUUAAAAACAACGAAGUCGUAAUACGAACACCAUCAACCUAUGAACUGUAUCAGAAAUGCGCAGCUAUCGGAAGCAUCUCAGAUGCACAAGUACAAAUUGCAAGUGAUAAGAGUGCUAUGCCUUCGGCUCAAUUCAAUGCAAUGUUGCGCAGCUUGUUGGAUGCUCCGAUCAAUGAUGUGACAGCAAAGUGUGAACAAGGGAAUAUGAUGGCAAAACCAGAUUUGACUGCAAUCAAAAGCUUGUAUUUGAUUCAACGUUACGGCUUAGAACGUUUCAAAGAAACGCAGCAAAAAGUACAGCAGUCGUUGAACGGCAUGGCGAAUGUUCAAAUGAAUAACGAGGACGUUUACAUUAAUGGAUUUAGAAUCGAGUCGGAUUAUCACUUUGGAGAAGCUUCAGGAGACACUAUAUUGGAGCGUGACGUGAAGACCAAGUUCAUUCAGUUGCUAGCAAUUGAAGAAGAAGCUGAACGGGGAAAUGGGCCCGGAAGUCAAACCUUCUGCUCGGUUACUAUGGAAAUAAUAAACGGACAACGAGAAGUAAUGGUCGCAAAACGAAGCGGUCAACAGAAUUUCGGCAACAAUUACAUUAUUUCCAACAACGUUCAAUUAACUGAUUUUGAUAAUUCAGGAAAUAAUUUUAAUUGGAAUGAUGACUUUAUGGGCGGUAAUUUCAAUUUCAAUAGUAACUUAGGGACAAAUACUGGGUUCAGUUUCAAUAAUAAUAACAACAAUCGUUGGUGGAAUUAAUUUUUUGAUCAACGAGCCCCUUUGUUGAAGCCUCGGUUUGAAGGAGAUCAAAUGAAACAACUUGUAUCGAAUCUUUUGUCACAUCUAUGAAAAUGUGAAAUAAUAUUUCAAAUAAAAAAGGGACAAAAUAA